AUGUCUGACGGUAAGCCCAGCAGUCUUUCCACAACGCGCCGCGCCGACACUGACGAGGCAAUAGCUGAAAUCCGCCGACUGCAGCAGGAGCGCGCCUCCACCAGAGCCAACCCGACCAAGCAGUCGCUCACUGAUAAUGCCGAUACCGAGCUUUACGGGAAUGGAACUGUCGACAAAUAUGCCGGAUACAACAUGUCCAUCGCCGUCAACGACGACGACAUGGACGAUGCCGAUGGCGAGGACCAGAGCAGAAGACUGGUCGGCCAGUACACCGCUACCACCGAGCAAAUGAAUGAAUACGCCAACGGAGAAGGCGACAUUCUGGUUGAUCGCGAGAAGCAGGCCCAGAUCGCCAGUCGCGAGUCGGACUACCAGAAGCGUCGUUUCAAUCGCCAACUCAGCCCCGACGGUCAAAGCUACAAGGAGGUUAUGAAGCAGCGUGAGAUUGAGCGCGAGGAAGAGCGCGUACACAAACUCAUCGAAGAGAAGCAGGCAAAGGGCGAGGAUUCCACGGAUGUCGUUGUCGAGCACAAGCCUACGCUAAAGGCCGACGUGGAAUCGACCGAUGUCGUUGUUCCCCGCAAGCGAAGGCAACGAUGGGACAGUUCGGUCGAGGACAACGCUGAGAAGGAUGCCGUCGCUAAGAGCGAGGAUGCUCCUGAAAGCAAGCGCUCCCGCUGGGACUCUACACCUGCCCCGGCAGCUCAGGCCGAGCCCAGAAAGCGCUCCCGUUUCGAUAUGGCCCCUUCGCUGACCGCCGCCACCCCUGUUGGUGGAAAUACAGGGCUUGCUACUCCUAUGCACCCUUCUCAGACCCCUGCCGCUGGAGCUGGUUACGGUACCGAUAUCUCUGGCAGAAAUGCUCCUCUUUCAGACGAGGAGCUCGACAUAAUGCUUCCUGGCGAGAAGGACGGUUACCGCGUCCUACCAUUCCCCCCUGGCUACGAACCCACACGAGUACCCGCACACAGAGUUCCCAGCACUCCUGCUUCGCUACAAGGUGGCUUUAUGAUGCAGCAACCGGUCGACCCUCGAUCACUUGGCAAGGAUCUUCCGAGCGAGCUACCUGGAGUCGGCGAGCUUCGCCUAAAGCCAGAAGAUAUGGCAUACUUUGGAAAGCUUGUCGAUGGUGCCGACGAGAACGAAAUGAGUGUCGAUGAGCUCAAGGAGCGCAAGAUCAUGCGUCUUCUCAUUAAGGUCAAGAAUGGAACCCCUCCCAUGCGUAAAACUGCGCUGCGUCAACUUACUGACAACGCUCGAUCGUUCGGUGCUGGCCCGCUUUUCGAUCAAAUCCUUCCUCUGCUCAUGGAGAAGACACUCGAAGACCAAGAACGUCAUUUGCUCGUCAAGGUCAUUGACCGUAUCCUGUACAAGCUUGAUGAUUUGGUCAGACCUUACACCCACAAGAUUCUGGUCGUCAUUGAGCCAUUGCUGAUCGACCAAGAUUACUACGCACGUGUCGAAGGUCGUGAGAUUAUCUCCAACUUGGCCAAGGCUGCUGGUCUUGCACACAUGAUUUCUACCAUGCGUCCCGAUAUUGACCAUGCAGACGAGUACGUCAGAAACACCACUGCUCGUGCCUUCGCAGUCGUUGCCAGUGCUCUCGGUAUCCCUGCUCUCCUUCCCUUCUUGCGCGCUGUAUGCAAAAGUAAGAAGUCAUGGCAAGCGAGACACACUGGUGUUAAGAUUGUGCAACAAAUCCCUAUCCUUAUGGGCUGCGCUGUGCUUCCUCAUCUCAAGGGCCUCGUUGACUGCAUAGGAGACAACUUGAACGAUGAGCAGACCAAGGUUCGUACCGUUACGGCAUUGGCUAUCGCUGCUCUUGCCGAAGCUGCCAACCCUUACGGUAUCGAGAGCUUCGAUGACAUUCUCAACCCUCUGUGGACUGGAGCUCGCAAGCAGCGUGGCAAGGGUCUUGCUGGGUUCCUCAAGGCUGUCGGUUACGUUGUGCCUCUGAUGGACGAAGAGUUCGCCAACUACUACGUCAGUCAGAUCAUGGAGAUUCUGCUGCGUGAGUUCUCAUCACCAGACGAGGAGAUGAAGAAGGUAGUCUUGAAGGUCCUGUCACAGUGCGCCAACACCAAUGGUGUCACUGCUGCUUACUUGAAGGAGACUGUUCUCGACGACUUCUUCAAGAGCUUCUGGGUGCGAAGAAUGGCACUGGACCGACGAAACUAUGUUCAGGUCGUUGAGACCACAGGCGACCUGGGUCGAAAGGUCGGCUGUGGUGAGAUUGUGGAGAGAGUUGUUGACAACCUAAAGGACGAGAGCGAAGCGUACCGAAAGAUGACAAUGGAGACUAUCGAGAAGUCCAUUGCCAGCUUGGGUGCCGCAGAUAUCAACGAGCGUCUCGAAGAGCGCUUGGUUGACGGUAUCUUGACUGCCUUCCAAGAACAAACAGUGGAAGACGUUACCAUUCUGAACGGAUUCGGAACAGUGGUCAACGCCCUCGACACUCGAUGCACACCAUACCUGCCUCAAAUCGCCAGUACUAUUCUCUUCCGCCUCAGCAACAAGUCAGCCACUGUCAGACAACAAGCUGCAGACCUGGUAUCACGAAUUGCUAUUGUCAUGAAGCACUGCGGACAGGAGAACCUUCUGGGCACGAUCAGCAUCAACCUGUACGAGAACUUGGGUGAAGAAUAUCCCGAGGUUCUUGGUUCAGUACUUGGUGCAUUGCGCUCGAUCGUCACCGUCAUCGGAAUCAAUCAAGUACAACCACCCAUCAAGGAUCUUCUACCACGACUGACUCCUAUCCUUCGUAAUCGUCACGAGAAGGUGCAGGAGAACACAAUCGACUUGGUCGGUCGUAUUGCAGACCGCGGUCCAGAAAGUGUCAACCCUCGCGAGUGGAUGCGUAUCUGUUUCGAGCUUCUCGACAUGCUCAAGGCACACAAGAAGGGUAUCAGACGAGCAGCCAACAACACAUUCGGUUUCAUUGCCAAAGCCAUCGGUCCACAAGAUGUCCUGGCUACACUACUGAACAACUUGCGCGUCCAGGAACGUCAAUCGCGUGUUUGUACCGCCGUUGCUAUUGGCAUCGUUGCGGAAACUUGCGCACCUUUCACAGUCCUGCCAGCUCUGAUGAACGAGUACCGUGUCCCUGAACUCAAUGUGCAGAACGGUGUGUUGAAGUCAUUGUCCUUCCUCUUCGAAUACAUUGGAGAGAUGGCCAAGGAUUACGUCUACGCCGUAACACCACUCCUCGAAGACGCACUCAUCGACCGCGACCAAGUGCAUCGCCAGACCGCUGCAUCAGUCGUCAAGCACGUCGCCCUCGGUGUCGUUGGCCUUGGCUGCGAAGACGCAAUGCUCCACUUACUCAACCUACUCUACCCCAACAUCUUUGAGACUUCACCUCACGUUAUCGAUCGCAUGAUUGAGGCCAUCGAUGCCGUUCGUGUGGCAGUGGGUACCGGUGUCGUGAUGAAUUACGUGUGGGCUGGUCUCUUCCACCCUGCACGCAAGGUCAGAACGCCAUACUGGAGGCUCUAUAAUGAUGCCUAUGUACAUGCUGCUGAUGCCAUGGUGCCUUACUACCCAAACCUUGAUGACGAGGCUGUUGAUCGAUUCGAGUUGAUGGCCAUCUUCUAG